UCCGUACAGAAAAAUCCUCGGGCACAUCGCACCUUCCCAACAAGUCGUCAACGAACGGGAUCGUCGGCAACGUGUCACGCCCACAUCGACGGCAGCAUGUCGCACGAAGACGAUUCAUGGACUGCUGUAGAAACAUCGGAAGCUGCCCGUGAGAUCAUUGCACCCGAAAGUGUAUCUUUGCGACCCGACAACCUGCUCCAUGGCGAAACCAUCGAAUGCAAGGUCCACGCGAUGCAGAUCUCCAACCAAAACGUGUAUGAACGCGGCUAUCUAUGCCUGACGACGUACAGGUUGCUGUUCGUACCUCAUCCGCAAGACCUCCCGCGCAUUGUUGACAUUGCUCUGUGCAACAUCGCCGACAUCAUGGUGCAAGAUGCACGAUCGUCCAGCGCGAUCGUCAGUACCGUUGGGUAUACGCUGGGAAUGAACGUCCAGCCCGAGAAGGAAGGCGACGAUGUGACCAACACGAUGGAGGUGGCGUGCAAGAAUUUUGAGAUCUAUCGCUUUCAACUGCGCAUGACGGCGGCGUCCAUAAACAUGCACAACCGCCUCGUGGAUCGGCUCGAGUCGACGCAUCAAACAGCGCCGAUUGCUUUUGCUAAAGUCCAUGAACCGUCAGACGAAGGCACUGGUAACCCGUGGAGCGAUCUCGAAGUUGCAGAGAGCGUGCGCCUGGGCAUGAAGCAUCCGUCACGUCACAACGCAGCGUCGUCGGCGGGUUUUCGCAUCACUCGCCUCAACCACUCGUUCCGCCUCUGCGCGACCUACCCCAUGCUCUUGAUCGUUCCGCAGCACGUCUCGGAUGCAGAUCUCAAAUCCAUCGCGCACUUUCGAGCGAGGGGCCGCAUUCCAGCAAUCACAUAUCGCCACCGAGAGACCGAUACGCUGCUCGCUCGGUGUUCGCAGCCGCUCGUGGGGCUGCGGAGAAGGCGGUGUGCGUCCGACGAGCAAUACGUCAAGAUUUUGCAAAAUCACGCCGUCGGGGGCCUCUACAUCAUUGAUUGCCGCCAUCAGUCGAGUGCGUAUGGAAAUGUUGCCCUCGGUGCUGGCUUUGAAAUAGCAGAGUACUACAACAAUGUGCCGCUCCUGUUCAUGAACAUUGAAAACAUCCAUUCGAUGCGGGAUUCGAUCCGUCGACUGUACGAUCUCAUCAAGGGCGAGAUCCGCGGCAGCGAAAAGUCCAACUGGCUGUCUUGUCUCGAGGGGACGAGAUGGCUCGAGCACGUUCGGUCGAUUCUAGUUGCCGCCACGACGUGUGUGGAUAAAAUGGUCGAUGAAAAGGCAUCGCUGCUCGUGCACUGCUCGGACGGGUGGGACCGGACGGCUCAACUCACGUCGCUCGUUAAAGUGUGCUGCGAUCCGUACUUUCGCACGAUCCAAGGGUUUGCCGUAUUGAUCCAGCAAGAGUGGCUCGCAUUUGGCCACCGCUUCGAGGCUCGCUGCGGCAUGAAGGCCCACGGGAAGAAGGGGUACUGGGACGACGAUCAGAGCUCGCCUGUGUUUGUCCAGUUUAUUGACGCCGUCUGGCAGAUGACCCAGCAAGCGCCGUGUUCGUUCGAAUUCAACGAAGCGUCCGUCCGCGCGCGCCCACGCUGUGGCUCAUGAUGUGGUGUCGGAUGUAGGUACUUGAUUGCGCUGUUGGAUGAAGUGUACUCGCGGCGCAGCGGGACUUUCCUCUUUGACUGCGACGAGCAGCGCCAGAAAGCCCGAACGCAUGCGCGGUGCCCAUCUGUGUGGAUGCGCAUCGGUGGCAACUUGUCGGACAUUUCGAAUCCAUUUUAUAUCGUGCCAAAGGACGACGACUUGUCGAUGCAAUCGCCGCGGGUGCUGCGGUUUCGAUGGCACAACAGCACGUUGAGCAUCUGGCCGGCGUUCUACCUGCGGUCGCUCGACAGUCGGGAGGCGGUGUGCACCCAGGUGCAGCUCAAUCCUUUCGGUCGUCGCACCUCAUCGAGUGAUGUCAGAACGCGUGGGCCAAGUCUGUUCAAAAGUCGCAGCAAGAGCUCCAAACCCAACUCAGCGAGACGCAGCAUCUUCUCAACACGCAAGUCGCACUCAACGCGCAGCUGCAAGCGUACGUGUCCAACUUGGAGUCCAAGACGCAAGCGCUCAACUCGGCGUUCCAUGGGCAAGUUUUCAGCGAGUCCGGCGUCGUCGUCCAUGAAACGAUCGAUGAAAGCGAGGAACUGGACGAGGCCGUGCUCCUCAGUGUGACGCAGACCCAGAACCACAAGAAGGUCGACAUGUUUGUGGCAGCGACCAUGUCGCAUCCGUUUGAAGUCAUUUCGACCUACUUUGACGAGGCCGAACGUCGCCGCAUUGUACAGUGAACACCGUUCGCACCACAACACGCCGUAGGAAGAUCGUGCGUUCAACAUGACAUGCCAUCGAGCAACUGCAUUGCAUUCACCUGCGAUUGUGGACCUGACGCUCGAGGCACACCAACCGAUUCGUGAUGAUGAAGCAUCCAGUCCAUACAGAUAUACCUUCGGUGGCGGCCGGGUCAAUGCAAUUCGGGGAUGUGUGCGCUCAGCAAAACACCCAUGCAGCCACACGACCAUGGGCAAGCCCAGCGUGC